UCGGUAGCGGAACAAGACGAAUAUUUCGAUGAAUUCGCGUUCGAAAUCGUCGAUUCUCAUCGACGACUAGUGGCGCCUAGCGGCGGCUGUACAUGGGGGGAGCGGGUGGCGGCAGCUGGUGGCGGUACGGCCAAUCAGCGCUCCCGGAAUGAUCGCUGCGCGUGGUAGGCUGCGCGAGCGUCACGUAGCCGCGGAGCCGUCAGUGUGCGCGCCGCGGAGAGCCAGACAGACAGACAUCUUGUAGUAGAAUUUAGCGGCGUGGUGUUUUUUCGACCGUGGGUGUCGGUGUCACGGUUUCGUGUCGCGGUGCUCGUCAUUACGGUGUCAUCGCCGUCGCCGUCGUCUGGUCGUCGUUGUCAUCGUCGUCCACCGCCGUCUCCUUCGUUGAAACGUCGUGAAAAACCCGUUCUCCCUGUGCUCGAGCGCGAUCGUUGACGUUGUCCUCUAUCUCGUCCUUAUUAAACAGUCGUCGUCAACAACACGUCUGGUCGUUCGACGGAGGCUCGAUCGUGUUGCUCGGUGUGGUGGUACCGCGGUCGCGAGACCCCGUCGUGCUGGCCGUGCAGCUCGCGUGGUCCAGCGAUCCAGUUACUUCGCCCCGCAAAAGGCGUUGGUGGGUUACCUUUCGUCGUCGGCCAGAGGGAGCAAGAGCGAGAAAGAUAGCCAGCAGCAGAGUCGGAGUUACUGGGUCGGGUCGGUGUGUCGUAAAUACACGGUUAAGCGAGAGGGACAACACGGGCAGGAAUAUAAUUUCUCACUCCGCAAACGCCCAAUGAACAACGCUCCGGAGCCACCGAUGUGCCGCACCGUGCGAUAACUUCCGUCACCUCUCCGACCCCCCCGUCACUCCUCCCUCUCCCCCACUCCGUGCGUGUGUAUGUGUGUGUGCCGCGCCGGGCUCUCGAGGUGAAAAUACCGCCCUCUCCUUCCACCCAACCCCCCGUUCGAGAGGAAGGUGCUACCUCGCGCGAAGUGAACCACGGGCCGGAGGUAGAAGAAAGAAAAAAAAAAAAUUAUACAGCCAGCGAGACCGAGUGUGACACGAGCUAGUGAGUGGCAGAGAGAGAGAGAGAGAGAGAGAGAGAGAGAGAGAGACGAUCCUGUGACCGGGGAAGAGUGAAAUAGAGAAAGAAGAGAAAGAGAGCGAGAGACCGGCGCCCACCCGUCAACCAUCCCGAUACAGCAUGACCUCGAACAACUCGCAGAAGCUCUCCACGACGGAACGAGUGAUCAAAAGCUCGAGUCUCCCGAUCGAACUCUGAAAAACACAUCGACACCGACCGAUUCCACAAAAAUUGAAUCAACAGAGGCGUGACGUUACUCGCGAGGAAAACAUCCACGAUCAUGUCGUCGGCUAGUUCGGACUCCACCGAUUCCUUCAAGCUGUUUUUCUCAGACACGGAGACUCCAGAUCGUGCGAGUCUUUCGAGAAUCAAAAAGGAUGUGAGCCCAGCGGUGCAAGCGCUGAUCCAAAGGCUGAAAAGCCUCAACCUGGAGACGCCUCAGCCUCCUAGAGUGCCAGCCUGCACCCCAGCGAGCAGUUCUCCGCCUCGUUGCGGCCUAGAGACGACCCCAGAUCAACAAAGCACCCGCGAUCAAUUCGAUCCUCCAUGUAGCGGGAUAAGCAGACUGCGACGCGCGUUGGAGCUGCGAUUCAACACUUGUCUAAGCAGCUCACAGAAAAAAAUACCUAGUCCACACGCGAGGAGGCGCAGCUUCGACACUAGCAUGUUGAGGUCGAUGCUUGCUAGGGAGCAUCAGCGUCGAGAGACCUCGCCUCUCGACUCCGAGGACACCGAGGAAGCGCCAGCGAACAGGAUCAGCCCGAUUUUCAAUCGUUCGAUCGGCAGGAAGAGAAUCAGCCUCCUCAACAGCUCCAUCCAACCUCUGUCUAUCUCGUCUCCUCUGCAAGAUGACGAUCCGUUGCAGGCAAUCCCUGAUUCGCCUCUCGAGCAACAGGACGCUUCCGUGGAGAACGACGAUGUAUCGCUGCUGGAAAAGAGCUUGUACGAGGUGUCAGAGGUGUUUUUCAUGCUGAAGAAGGUGAACAAGAACACUGGUCGCUCGAGGAAAUGUCCAAUUUUGACGAGGACGGAUGUGAAGGGCGUGGACAUCUUCAAGGAGGCUAUUGACGUCAGUUUGGGGCAGCUCGUGACCCCUGAGCAGAAGGAAUUCAUUCUCGAGAGCUACAUGCAGACCUGGGACGCUGAUUCGUCCCAGUCUGGUCUCGCAAAAGUCGGUGAGGACGCGUUGGAGUGCACAGAGUACAACAACAACAUCGAUCAAUUCGGCAAGUCUAGCAUCGAUGAUACCAACGACACUUUCGUCACCUGUCAGUACGUUGGUAGCACCGAUUGCUCGCAGGUGGAGUUUGAGAAGACAGAGGAGAGACAAGGUGAAGGCAACACGAAGGAAGAAGAAGUAGAAGGGAAAUCUAAGACCGACUUUGAGCAAACCUCCUUGCACGCACAUUUUCAACAUCUUCUGAACAAAUGGCGCGGGAUAUGCGACAAGAAGAACCAAAGUUCUUGGACGUCUGAGAACGGUAACACUAGGAAGAAGAGUUACUCCGAAUCUGAUGCUUCAGACACCAAUAUCGGGACCAAAGAGGAUUGUUUUUCUUCUGAGGAUUCCAGAGGGGACAGACCAAGGUCGUCGUCAGUCAUGAUAUCUGGCGUUAGAGUAUCAGAGAACUUGGUACACGAAGAGUCAGGGAUUCAGCUCAAUGAUGGUCGACCCGAGGGAUGUGGAAAUGUUUCGUUGCCAGCGCUGGAUGUUGUAGAGACGAGUCCUGAUCCUGAAGUAGGUAGCAAGAGUAGUCAACCCUCGGUCAGCCCUGCUGUGAUUUUUCCCACGGAAGAAAUCAUGAGAAAUCACAACGACUUGCAGAGCUUGGACGAUUCGGUCAGGUCCGUCGCCAGCUCAACAGUCGCCAACUUGAUCGAUUUCUCGAUGGACAUCGGGGAUACCUCCUUCGAAAGCGUGAAUUAUAAACACCUUCCAAUGACGGAAGUCUCACCUCUGCACGUCAAGUUCCACUUUCGGGACACAUGGAACUCGAAGAGCGAUGACCAAAGUUCUUCGACACUGAUCGGCAGGAAGAAGUAUCGCUCCGAAUCAGAAGUCUCGAUCACGAGUCCCACCGAUAUAGACAUCUCGCCAAUCGAGCACGUAGACAGGUCAAAGUCCAUGUCACCUAUCGCUGCUUCGCGUGGGAGACUAGUAAACGAAGAAUCACCAACCGACCUAAAGGACGAAGAGUCUGGAAACGUUUGGGAGGACGCGUCGCUGGACGUUUCAAGGACGAAAGUGGAUCUUGAUCAGGAUAGCCAGUGUAUGAACAAGUCUUUCAUCAUCACGGAAAAAUCGAAUAUCGACGACACUCCUAGCGAAGUCGCUGGUUCCAAGCAGGGUAUUCGCAACGUUGGGUUCAUCGUGGACGAUUCUUACAUGUCCAUCGAGAGUCCCAUCGUCGGUAGCAGAUUAGUAGAUCUUAGGACGAAACAUUCGAACCCGUCUUCUGGAUCAGGCAGCUGCAACAACGAACUCACCUUGUACGACUCGCACAUGUCCAUCGCGAGUCCUAUCGUCAGGGGCAGGUUAGUAGAUCCUGGGACGAAACAUUCGAACCCGUCUUCUGGAUCAGGCAGCUGCAACAACGAACUCACCUCCUACGACUCGCACAUGUCCAUCGAGAGCUCCACCAUCGGUGGCAGGUUGCCCAAUCCUUCGAUGGACUUUGGAGACUACUCCUGCGAGUCUGAGGAUAGCAAGAAGUCCUUCGACAACUUAGAGGAGCUGUCUGAACAGUCUGAGUCACCGAAGUCUCAAGCUCGGGAUGGUUCGAAGACUGAGAGCGAAGAAAUGGAGGACGAAGUGGAGGAAGACGAUGUCUUCGAGGAGGACCAAAACGACGUUCGUCAGAAGAAUGCCGCGAAGUUUCGCGAGUUCCUGCGGAAACUGGCCUCCAGGGAGAAGUGCUCGCAGAGUCCUGUCGCGGAGGAGUCUCGAAGGUUGGACAGGAAGCCACAGGACGCCAAGAAGAAGGCCAAGCCUGAUGUCAGACGCAGACCAGAUGUCCUCUUCCCACCAUCGCACAAAUUGACAGUGGCAGAGGUGUUCGACGCGCGGACAGAUCGGCCGCGGCCGGAAGUCCUCAAACAACACUUUAUCCUCGAAGGUAGGAUCGACGAAGCGGCGGCCCUUCGUAUAGUCAAUGAUGGGGCCGCCCUGCUGCGCUCGGAGAAGACCAUGAUCGAUAUCGAAGCUCCAGUCACCGUAUGUGGCGACAUUCACGGGCAGUUCUACGACCUGAUGAAAUUAUUCGAGGUGGGCGGUCCACCCUCCUCGACAAAGUAUCUCUUCCUCGGCGACUACGUAGACAGGGGUUAUUUCAGUAUCGAGUGCGUAUUGUACCUGUGGGCACUAAAACUGUGCCAUCCAACCACACUCUUCCUCCUCAGAGGUAACCACGAGUGCCGUCAUCUCACGGAAUACUUCACAUUUAAGCAAGAAUGUAAAAUAAAAUACUCGGAGAGGGUGUACGACGCGUGUAUGGACGCCUUCGACUGUCUGCCGCUCGCCGCCCUCAUGAACCAUCAGUUCCUCUGCGUACACGGUGGACUCUCGCCAGAAAUUCACAAUCUAGAAGACAUACGCAAAUUGGACAGGUUCAAAGAACCUCCCGCGUUCGGACCCAUGUGCGAUCUCCUGUGGUCGGAUCCUCUGGAGGACUUCGGGAACGAGAAGAACGCGGAGCACUUCUCCCACAAUAGCGUCAGGGGUUGUUCCUACUUUUACAGUUACGCGGCGUGCUGCGACUUUCUGCAGAACAACAACCUCCUCAGCAUCAUAAGGGCACACGAGGCGCAGGAUGCAGGGUACCGUAUGUACCGAAAAUCCCAGACGACGGGCUUCCCAUCGCUAAUUACUAUCUUCAGCGCGCCCAACUACCUCGACGUUUACAACAACAAGGCGGCCGUGCUGAAGUACGAGAACAACGUCAUGAACAUCAGGCAGUUCAACUGUUCGCCCCAUCCCUAUUGGCUGCCCAACUUCAUGGAUGUUUUCACGUGGUCUCUCCCGUUUGUAGGUGAAAAGGUCACAGAGAUGUUGGUGAACGUGCUGAACAUCUGCUCGGACGACGAGCUUAUGAGCGACGGCGACGACGGGCUCGAAGAAGUCGCAGCCAAAGUCGUUGUCCAAAAAAAGAAUGGUGCAGCAGCCAAUCUACGCAAGGAGGUAAUCAGAAACAAGAUCAGAGCCAUUGGCAAGAUGGCGCGCGUCUUCUCCGUCCUCAGGGAGGAGAGCGAGAGCGUGUUACAGCUGAAGGGUUUGACACCGACUGGGGCACUACCACUUGGCGCGUUAUCUGGUGGCAAGACGUCCCUAAAAAACGCUCUCCAAGGCUUCUCGCCGAACCACAAAAUCACUUCGUUCGCAGAGGCAAAGGGUCUGGACGCCAUAAACGAAAGGAUGCCGCCAAGAAAGGACGCCCCGCCCACGCCGGUAAACGAGGAGAAGCCCGUGAUAAAGCCGCCGACUCCUGCGGGAGACAAGCGAGACCACACACCGCAACCGCAAUCGUGAGCCUCACACUCGUCCAAUCAAGGUGGCAAGGAUGGGUCGUAAGAUCCAAGUGCUGUCGCCGCCGCCACCACCGUAAGAUCCAAACCAUUGCUCGUCUCUCCCCCCCGGUUGUUAUCACUAGCGCGCUGUUUGUCGAGCCAGGAAGGAAUCGUCGCGGCCGCGAGGAAGACCUCGAACGCGGAGAAGACUGCCACGCUCGUCGACGCGAGAACCACGGGUGUCGUCGCUACUGCACCCACAGGUCGUGUCUCAGAGCAGCGGGCAGACGCUGCGAGGGAUGUCCACGCCGACGAUGGAGACGGUCCACGGGUCUGACCCCGUUUUGCGCGCGAUUCGCGCGUCGUUGCAGCUCGCGUCCUAAACGGGGAGUGUUCGUCUCGCGGGAGGUUCUGCGCGAUCGUCGUGCCCUCGUCUCCUUUGUCCUCUUUCUCCCGUCGGACGACGACGACGACCACGAUCCCUGUUCGCGUUGGAUCGAAAUUUAGAGAACGAUAGCUUGGGAACAAUGACGACGGAGGAGGGACGAAUCGAGCGCUGCGAUCUCCGUGUGUACGCGCACCUAUUGGUGGACAGACUCGGGUUCCAGAAGAGUUUGGGGCUCGCUCAGGCUGUCAACUUUCCCUUGGAAGAGAGUUUGCUUGAGGAUCUUUACUAGAACCAGGGCCUUUCAACAUCUAGGUCUCCAGACCUCUCCCAUCUGGUUUAUACCGGAAGGUUAAUGGCGUGAGCGAGCCCAUAGGAAUUACAAUUUUAACGAGGAAUUUCGAGGGAGAAUAGGGACAUCCUAUCAAGUAGAUUCAGACUAUAUAAAAAUAUGAUUUUAUUCGUUCUAUUUUUACAAUGUUAAUUAAAAUUUGUUACGAUCUGUGAUAUUCCCUGUAAAUGGAGAUCAAUUUGGAAAAAUAUUUUUUAGAGUUGCACAGCAGAACAAGCUCCACUUCUGUUGCCAUGUAUCAAGCAUAUUCCAACGUUUUACACAAAGCAACAGAAAGGUGGGACUCUGCAGAGCCACAACGAAAUGGCGCCACACGAGAUCGAUCUCUCUUACAGUGGCGCCAAGUCAAACGAGCUAAGAGUCUUCGUUCCGGUGGGACCUCUUGCAGAGAGUAGGUAUCAUAACCAAUCAUUAUGCGCGCGUAGACACGGAGCAAGGGCAAAAGGGAAGAGGGUCGCGUGUAAGUCGCGUGUCGCGGUCGUUUAAACGCCGAGGAAUCAAUCUGUCGUCGUCCUCGGUGGUCUUCGACGAUCUCUCGUUUCCCUCGAUCGCCGCGAGAUAGCGAUCCAGGCACGGGAACACUUCCUCCUCCCUCCGUAACAAACGCGAGGCGAACAUACGCGAGGUAUAGAGAAAUGAAAGAUUUGACGGGGAUUUAACAAAAAAAUAAAAGAGAAUAAAAAAUGAAACGAAAACAAAAGGUGAAAUGAAAAAAGAGGUAAAUAAAAUAAAAAAAGGCAGCUGGCCUGUCGGUACGGCGGAGCUUCCGGUUUUAGGAUUUACUAGGUUCUUAAGGAGUCCGCCCUGGGUGGUGCAAGGGCAUCCCCGCGACAGGGUGGGGUUACUUAAAUCUUAAGUCGAGCUAAGCUUAGGGUUAAGCCGUAAGUUAUAUCGGAGAAUUUAUUUAAUAUACGCAUAUACGAUAAAUAUAUUAUUAAUUGAUUAAUAUUAUUAUUAUUACUAUUAUUAUUACUAUUAUUAUCAUUAUCAUUAUUAUUACUAUUAUACGAUACGGUGUUUCUCAUUAAAUCCACGUCGAGCGCGUCGCUCAGCGAGGGGGCACGAUUACGCGCGAUUCGCCCGUCCCAACUUGUUUGUUCGUCAAGGAGGGAACAAUUUUUUGUAAAGAAAACGUCCCAUUUUUAGACGCGUCCCUGCACUCUCGCGAAACCGAUUCAGAACACAACGAUACCGAUUCGAAAGACGCGACUCGACCAACGACCAAGGUUGUCAAAUUCUUGAGAGAAAUUACAGUUCGAUUCUCUUUUUAAAUAAUUCGCGAGUCCUCCUCUCGAUUUUAACUUCAUCCGCUCGGAAACAACUCUCGCCCUCGCCUCCUCUAAGGUGCGUUUUAAACUAGGGGUUAGUUUCCUCUAGUUAGUUUCCCCCUAGUUUCCUAGGGGUUAAUAUCUUGAAAAUCUUGAAAUCACAAAUACUGUCAGCCUCAAAUGCAAGCGAAUCAGUGAUCAAAGCGCGUGCAAUAGAGAGGUUCUAUUUUAAACUCAUCCGAAGAAACUUUCCCACGGCAUAACAGAGCCCAGAGAUGGUCAAAAUUGUACCCACGUUGAAUCAAAAUUAGAACUUCUAAUUCGCCUUCUUCUAAUUUCGCCCAUCUCUGGACGGGUGAGCGCGAGCUUCGUGGCCCCAGAACUGAAAAGGCACGCUCGACGGGGCACAGGGAAUCUCUCGCGGAGGCUUCGCGGGCCUCGAUCGCGCACGAACGAAGGAUCUAUAACGCAUAUUAUACGUAUAUCAGUAAAUGAAAAAAAAAACCAUGACAUGUGUGCUCCUUUUGGACGUGUGAUGCGUAACCCUUGCUCCAGCCAGUCGCAGAAGUUUAUAGCGGGAACUAAGAUAACCGAUUUUCGGAGGAGGUACGCACAGAGGCCAGAGAACUGACGGGACAACGCUCGACCAAUGCGUCCACGUGCAUCGUCCACGUGGCAGUAGGGAACUUAAAGAGGAGAGAAAGCGAAAACGAAAACGAAUUGUCUAGGGGGAAGAAAAAAAUAAAGAAAAAGGGGGCGAACGAAUUUUGUCCGUGGUCUGAAUUCCUCGAAACACGUUUCGAUCGGAGAAUUACGGACAGCCACGUUGCGUAACACGUCUAAUAACGUUGAUCUUCUAUGAUUUUAAUGUGUGUUCUUGCUACUAUCCGACAUAAGUCUGGCUCACAGACGACGAGGCUGCUCGCGCCUGGCGUCGGAAGUGAAGCCUUUGCGAAGGCCCCUGAAAAGUGGGAUUGGGACGCGAGAAUGCGAACGAAAGCGUUAAGACGAGUAGUCAGAUGUCGAAUUUUUUUUCUUUUUUUUUUAGAAAUAAACAGGGAUUGUAGCGUCUCGAAUAGAGGAAUCGAAGCAUUCUGAAAGUGAUCUUGCGCUCGAUGUGCCAUAGAAACAAUUUCGCGCUUGCCAAUCGGGGCAUCGAGUUAUCGAUUUGAACACGUGACUUCUCAAUGCCGCUUCCUUUCUUUCCCGUGAGCGUGUUUAGUUCGAGUCGACGGAUGUCAGUGCCAAACUACGAUUCCUUUUUGAUUUUACGAAUCGUGAUUUGAAAGCAGAGUUCCAACGAUUGGAACGCUGAUUAGUUUUUGAAACACUUGGCUAGUCUCUAGGUUGUCGUUAGUGCACUCCUGGGUUUCGAAUUUCCCGCCUUCUGCGGCUAGCCUCGCGCCUCGAGCAUUGUCUAACUUUGUGUAAGAAACAAGCGUCGAGAAUCACCUGAUAUUAUCUUUUUUUUUUUUUUUUUAUAAAAUCGCGCGGUUUUUAAAUGUAUUUUUAAACAUUUUGUGCGUUCCUAUGUUGUUAUACUUCAGUGCCAUAAGAGGUUUAUACACUUUCCCGCCUUUUUUUUAUCGCGCGGUAGAAUGAGUCUCAUUUGGAUGCCUUCCUGCCUUAGCCUUGAUUUUAUUUUAAAAGUCAGUGUCUGAGAACUGAAUCGAUUUAUCAUCGCAACUCAUUUUCCCAUCAGCAUGUAUGUUGACCUUUUUAAAUAUGGCGAUUCUUCGGGAUGUUCUGAAGCGUUUUCAAGAGUCUCUUACGCCAUCUUUGAUUACUCUUACACUUUCACGCAGUUUCACGGCGUUCUAGGAUCCACUCUGUAUAUAACAUAUUUAUUUCUCGGCGCGGGAAUGCCAAACUUUUUUAUAUACGGUCGAACUUGGUUAUAACGAACACGUGUCCAGCGAUGAUGUCGCGGCUGUAACCAGCAAAAAGUCAUAAUAAUCUUAAUUUAUACUCCCAAUUAAUAUCAGCCACCGUACCAAAUUUUCGUAACUUUGAGAAACAUCAACGUGCGAGAUAUUUGAUGGUAAUCUCAGUUUCAAGAUUCACGGAUGAAAAGACUAAUAAUAUAAAAGAAUGUCGUAUUUAUUAUUAACUAGUAUUGUUCUUAGUUAGUUGAAAAUGAAUUGCGUUUAGCAUUAAUGUUAAGUGUUAUGUAGUUUAAAGAAGCAUAUUAGUACAGAUAAUAUGCAGGCAUGUAAAUAUACUUUUUCUUCUUUAUCGUUUUUUCUAAUAUUUUUUUUUUCUAAUUUUUUUUUUUUUUUUUUUUGUCUAGAUAUAACUAUGAAAUUUUAUCAGUUCCCCCGGUAUUCCUUACAAUCGAGUUCGACUUUGCAUAUUUCAACCAUAUAUAUACAUAUAUAUAUAUAUUUUUCCCCCAGCAUUUCUCAACUGCUAUUAAAGUAAAGUCCUCGCCCAACUCCCGCGUUUAUUUUCGCGGUUUAUCUCGUCGAGGAGCAGAGAUGGGCGAAAUUCCUCUCUAAAUAAACGUUUCGAAUAACGAAUAAAAAUUAUUUAUUGUCCGAAUAAAUUUCUGCCCAUCUCUGCGGAGAAGUUGAUGCGUUCAUCGUCGCGUUUCCGAAGCGUCGAUUUCUUUGGCGACGACGCGUCGCACAGCGGUUCGUUUCGCGAAAAACGUGGCCAAAAUUCAAGUUUCACGAAGUUUCGAAAACUCUUCCUAAUUUUGGCCGCAUUUUUGGCCAUCCGGACCAUUGCGGACGCGUCUCGACGGACGAUCGAAAUCGUGCGGAGUCCGCCGCGCUGCUUUAUCGUGUAAUAUUUCUAGUAAUAAAAAUAUCUCGUCGUUUUCGCUGUUUUUUCUACCUCCUCUAUCUUAAGAAUCGAUGGAAAGCCGAAGUUGGACGCUACGGCGAAUCGCGACGAUGAGAAACGCGGAAAUUAUUCGCGGUGGACGGAAUUGGGAAUGUCACGGGACGUGAGAAAAGACUCCAGAAUAAAGAAGGUUGAACGUGAAAUAAAUAACAAAAAUAAUGGUUAUAAAACGUGUUAAGGAGAAAGUAAAAGAAACGAAACGAAACGAGAGGUAGAAAAAGAAUGGUACAGUCAAAGGCCACUUCCGUCAGCCAAUUAUCGGCGGCAGUGUAAGAAUUACGGUCUGAAACAUAAUAAAGAUAAUGAAAGAAUAUUAUUAUAAAAUGAAAUGAAUUAAAUAAGUAUAUAUAUAAAUAUAUAUAUACACACACAAAAAAAUUAUUAUAUAUAUAUAUAUCUCUCUCUUCUCACUAUGAUAAAGAUAUACAGUGAAUAAUAAUUCUAUCUCUCUUUGCUACCAAGUUGUACUUAUUCUUAAUUGAUUUACUUGUACAAAAGAAUGUGUUAAAUAAUAAUGAAAUACAUAAUAUAAUAUACAUCUAUAAAUAAUACAUAUUAUAAAUAUAUAAAUAUAUAUAAUAUAGCGUUAACUAAAUAUUAUUAUUAUUAUUAUUAUUAUUAUUAUUAUUAUUAUUAUUAUUACGGUCAUCGUGAGAUACGGUUAUUUUUAAUUGUUUCAUUAUUGAUUGUCAUUAUUAUUACGAUUAUUAUUAUCAUUAUAUUCCUAUUGAUUAUCGUUACCAUUGACGACGUUACCGAUGCUAUUUAACUAUUAUCACAUCGUCACUAUCGAAUGCGAGAGAAAAACAAGUACGUAAGUGCGUGAGUGAGUUUUCGAAGCGCGGGAACCGCUGGUAAAGAUAAUAUACAUUGUGUAUACUAUCUCCUACCACUGGUCACUAUUGUGAUGGUCGUUUCAUGCUGCGUUACCACGAGGGAGACACGAUUACAGCAGUUCAGAACUCGAAUCUCAUUUUCUUUUAAUUAAUUAGCUAAACUGUGGAAUUAUUUUACUAGGAGAAAAGAUAACGUGAAGUUUUCAUUCAGUUCCGAUUAUUCGAAUCAAAUUCUUUGGCCAGCUUUACCCAAAGCAACACGAAGAAAACGUGAUAAUAUAGAAAAACGUUCAUGUCGAUUUGUUUGUUAAGAGUGCAUAGUAAAAACAGAAGAACGUUACCUGAACGCGAACCGUGUCCCAGCGUAUAAACGCAGCCGCCUCUUAACAUAUUGUACAUAUUCGUGCGCGUCUCUUGAUCCUAACAUUGUAUCGUGUCGUAGAAUCUCUUUAGAUAGGUGAAAAAUCAUGAUCGAUCGUCGGUAAGUCGUUGGGAAACGUUACCGAUCCGGCUCGGAUCAUCGUGGAUCGUUACCGAUCCCGUAGGAAGGAUCGAUCCUGUGACGAAAGUAUAUCACUACUGGUCGUUUGCUUCGAUCUUUCUGGGGCAAAGUGCAAUCGUUGCCUUCAUUACGAAUAGGAAUGCAGAUUAUUAUUGUAAAAUUUUUCUCGAGCAUUUUUCUUUUCUUAUCGACGGAGAAAGCGUCUCGUCGAUGAUGCAGGAUCGUCCUUGACGCUCGUGUCCUUUUAUCAGCGCGGGAAAAACGCAUUUGAGUGUUUCUGGAGAUAGUCACGAUUCUCGUCUAUAUAAAAAGAUAUUAACCACUUGAGAGAUAUUGAUACACGUGUGUAUUGCUGCUUUUAUAUUAAAAUUAUCAUUAUUUAUGGUCAUAAUACCUUUUAGUAACGAAAUUCACUCCAUCUCUGUUGUGAUGAGAGGACACGCUCGUCUUUCGUUGCAUCCGAACCGUUCACGUUUUCGUAACGACAGAUCCACGUGUUCUUUGCUCACGCGAUCGAUGCAUCGAUACCUCGAAUAACCUGAAACGAACACGCGAAAUCCAACGAAUCUCCUCUUAAUUCUUACUACAACUUCCUUCUGGAACAAGGGCGGGCAAACUUCUUUAUUUAUUUAAACUCAAAUCUGAAAAAUAGAAGAUCUAGUUUCGACCCAACUUUCAUUUCACUUUAAUUUGUCGAUCGUAAAAUGAUAUUAUAUUUCACGUUAGGCAAACGAAAAUUUACUUUAAUGUAUCCUUAUGUAAAGAGAAGGGGUGUCAAAAAUGGCCAAAAUCGUCCUCGCGUAAUUAAUGAACCCCCAAACGUUAAGAAUGAACCAUUUUCAUUUUUAUUAAAGUACCGAUCGUAUCCAUCCUUGUUUCCGAACGGUGCCCGAUGAUAUUCAAUAGUAUUCGAUAGUUGCAUCGCAUUGGCGUCGCAAGAUUCACCCCCCCGGUGGAAACGAGAAACUGUAUUAUAUUGUAGUAGCGUGUAAUAUCGUUAAGCUUACGAUUGGGGUGAACCCAAAGCCUUUCUCUUAGAAUUACGUGCGCGUCCACCGAAAACGUCUCGACUCCCAGAUCGAUUCCUUUCCCAUUUCGAGUCUCAUUGUGUACGAGAGAGUGAGUACGGGUAUGAUUAACGAUAAUGUGCGUCGAUGCGUUAUCUUUAGUACGCGAACGAACGUCCACGAUUAUAUUACACGGCCAGGCUGUGUACACACCGCGUUUAAGACAUUAAAAAAUCAUCGAAAAUGAGGAAUAACGACCAAUGGCGUAACCAACAAUUUUACGAACUUCGGUAGCCAUCAGAUUUUGCUUAUUGUUAUUCUUCUACAAACUACUGUCUCCUAAACGCUCUCAGAAUUCAUUUCUACUCUCGAUAGUUCGCAAAAUUAAUCAAAAAAUUAAACUAACUUUGUUUGUUACGCCACUGGCGAAGCCAUUUCCUCGGUCUACUACCAAUCGCGAAAGCGUUUCAUAUUUGAGGCACCUAAUCUAUUUCGUUUUUGUAACAUAAAAACGAUAAACAAUGGGAUAUGGUUUUUCCCAAAGGGAAGGGGGACUGAUUCCACGAUUAUAUAAAAAAUUUCUGACUGCGAUGUACGUACGAGACUACCGUGAAAAAUAAUUCUGCCCGUUUCCAAGCACGCGUAUCUUCGCGAUUAGAGCUCGAUCGAUCGGGAUAAUCGAACAGCGAAUGGGUGGACUAGCGAUUUCUUAGAUUGUUACGAACUCGUUCGAGAUACUUUGUCCCUCCGUGAUGCGAGCAAGAACAGCUAAUGAGGAUUUUACCAUUUUAUCUACAUUUUUCAGACACGCACUCUUUUUCUCUAUCUCUCUUUGUAUCUCUUUAUAUUUCUGUCCGAUAUUAUCCCGCGAUUCGCGACGCCACCGACGUCGUACGCGUCCACGUCGCGACGCCUAGAUUUCCCACGAGGGUGUGAUCGAAUCGAUAGAAGCCUCGAUUGUAUUAUCGAUUCAUAAACAAUUCUACAAUGCUGGACGAAGGUAUUGGCAACUUUCAGAUUUACGGGAAUAAUUAAAUAAUUACGGGAAAAAUUGAAUAACAGAGUUAAUUUGUUCAUAAGAUUUUACAUCGACUGUCCCAGUUUACUACGCAACGAGAACCAGCGAUAUAAGUGGAGUGCCAUUGAAGUAAUUAUAAAGAAAAAUAUUUUAGUCCAUUUAGUAAGCAUUAUCGCGCGGAAAGAUUUACAAAAUAUAACAAAUAUAUUCUGUGCAAUUUGCAUAGCUUUAAGGGAAAGGUUUAAACAGGCCAUUUCGUUAUAUACGAGGCUCUUUCGAUAAAUCGAUAAGCAAUACAACAGCCUCGUGGGCACGUACGACUCGACAAGAUGGCGCCCGUUCCCGGAACAGAAUUUUCGCGAUGACUUAUAGGCGGUUAUAUACAUGUAUAUACGCAUAUAGUAGGUAUACAUACGGAGUUAAGUUGCGUGCAUUCUCAUCUCUUUAUAUAAAUAUACACACACAUGCGCGCGCAGACGGGAGCGAAUCCACACGAUAAGGCACACAGGCGAGACCACAAGCUAAAAUACACAUAUGAUAUACGGUGUAAUAUUUAUAUAUACAAAUUACAAAAUUGUGUAACAAUAAACGAAAAAGGAAAUUAAUUUAAUCACAGAGGGAACACGAUCAAAUUGGUUGAAAAACAACUUUUAUGUACCUGUUACGACUGAUUACUGUAUACGCAAUAAAUAUAUGUAUACAUGUAUAUGUAUAUAUGUGCACGUGUCUGUGUGUGUAUCUAUAUAUAUAUAUUAUAUAUAUAUUAUAUAUAUAUAUAUAUGUAUAUCAUACCAUGUCACCAUUGUUUUGUAAUUAUCGUUAAAUGUCAUUAACUGCUUGCUAUCCGCGACUUGUGAUCCGCCAUACAUUUAUAUCGAUAAUCGUAUGUACAUAUCGAAUUAAAAAACAAAAAGAAAGAAUCGAGAACGAAGAAACGAACGAAAUAUCAGCGAGACACGUGAAAGUACACGCGUUGAACAUCGUGGACUGCUUUCGUUUGCCACGUAUACAAUUACACCGCCUUCUGUAGCGCGACCAGGUUGUUUUCUCGUCGAUCAAAAAUAACAAAAAUUCAAUCGCGUAUCGAAAAGCAACCGAAAGCACAUACGCUUGGAUCUCGCGACGUGAAGGUGCACGACGCAAAGGGAACGAACGGAACGAAGCAGCUGCGAAUCGAUCGCGUGGAAUGUAUCGUGGCGAAACGUUAGGAGAGCAAGGAGGAUUUUAAUCAAUUUUUCCAAGGAAAUCGUAGCAUUAGACUUCGUUUCUCUUGUCAGUUUUAUGCGUCGAUCGCUCGGUGGAUCCACCUGUCCAGUGUAAAACGCGAGCAAAGCGGCAAAUAAACGAGCAUCGUCGAGAAAAGAGCACCCAGAGAUCGAUUACUCUUAAACUAUUUGAAAUACCAUUUCAUUAUAUACGUUCUCUUUAACAGCAAGUGUUUCGAAUAAAUCGUUACUUCAGUUAUUUCUAAAUAACGUUGCUGCGAAGCGAAAGACUGAAACGUUACUUCAACCAUGAAAAUACAUUAUUUCUAUUAUCGAAAAAAAAAAAAAAACUGGAACACUUGUUCCUGCCCAUUUGUCGAGGUUUUCUUUUCGAAAGUCGUGUUCACCAUAGGUGAAUCCAUUGGGCGUACACUGGGAACACUGCAUGAACCGUAACCGAACGUUAAAUUUGCGGCAUUCGAAGAAUGGCAUUCAACGAUAAAACUGUACAUACGCACGUUUACUAUUAUCUAUUUACCAUUACGAGAAAUCUUACUCCUAAGAUCUUCGACUGUACGACUUUAUCGAAAACGAGAUUAAUUCUGGCGAAGGAGAACGACGACAACUACGAAACAAAAAAUUAAAAAAGAAACACAAAAGUUAACACGAAAGCGAACUGCAUUGCAUACAUUGUUUAGCGCCAUUGUGAAACUCUAUCCCUUCUUACGAGAUAAGCAUAAUUAUAUUUGUUUAUAUAUACAUAUACAUGACGAACCAUACGUAUAGAAAACAUUACAACUAUUAUUAUCAUUGCUGUCGUUAUCGGUUACUUUAUCAUUAUUAUUAUUAUCAUUAAGAUUAUCGUCGUUAUCAUUAAAAUUACGGCCACCACUAUUAUUAUUAUGAUUAUUAUCAGUAAAAGAGGAAAAAAAAAAAGGACGGACGAUGAAGGUACGGUGGAUAAUUGCUAAAAUUAAAUAAAAGAUCUUACUUAUACAUAAUUAUAAAUACGUCAUGAUGACAUAUUCAUAACAAUUAAUUAUUACGAUAACGUAAUGACAUUAUUAUUAUUACUAUUAUAAAUAACACCCCCUAUUCCCAUUUGUUGUGAAUGUUUACGUUGUUUUAUGAUAUUCAGAAUAUUCUAAAAAUAAAGUCUAUAAUUUCCACGAA